AUGAAAGCCACAAGCCCUCUCUUACUCCCAGUUUUAGCGAUCCUUGUGCUCUCAUUAUCAUGUGCAAACCCAAACCCAAUUUUUCACAACUUUUUCCCGUGCCUUUCUAGCCAUUCUUCACCUUUAUACCCAAUAUCAGAUGUUUUCUACACCCCCAAUAAUUCCUCCUUUCUCUCAGUUUUACACUCUUAUAUAAGAAACCGCAGGUUUUCGACAUCUUUAACCCCAAAACCUUUCGCUAUUGUCUCUGCCAAACAUGAAUCCCACAUACAAUCCACUCUAAUUUGUGCUAGACAAUGUGGCUUUCAAGUUAGAAUCCGAAGCGGUGGCCACGAUUUCGAGGGCCUUUCAUACGUAUCAGAAGUUCCAUUUAUUGUCCUUGACAUGUUCAAUCUCCGUUCUAUAGACAUUGAUAUAGCAAAAAGAACUGCAUGGGUUCAAGCUGGUGCUACUAUAGGUGAGCUUUACUAUAGAAUCGCCGAGAAAAGCAAUGUCCAUGCCUUCCCGGCAGGCGUGUGUGUUGGUCUUGGCACUGGUGGACACUUUUCUGGUGGUGGGUAUGGGAACCUGAUGCGAAAAUAUGGCCUUUCUGUGGAUAACAUCAUUGAUGCACAGUUAGUGAUUGUUAAUGGUACAAUUCUUAACAGAGAGUCCAUGGGAGAAGAUGUAUUUUGGGCCAUUAGAGGAGGUGGUGGAGCAAGUUUCGGAGUCAUUCUUUCGUGGAAGAUCAAGUUGGUUCCCGUUCCAGCCAAAGUUACUGUAUUCAAUAAGAAAUGGACCUUAGAGAACAAUGCAACUGAUGUUGUUUAUCGUUGGCAACAGGUUGCUCAUAAACUACCUAAAGAUAUCUUCAUAAGGGCUUGGCCACAAGUAGUAAAUAGAGGUCAUAAGGGCAUGAAGACGGUCGAAGUUUCUUUUGUUGGUCACUUUUUGGGACAGAGUAACAGUCUUAUCCCACUGAUGAAUGAGAGAUUUCCUGAAUUGGGUUUGUUGCAAACUGAUUGCAUUGAAAUGAGUUGGAUAGAAUCCACCAUAUUCUGGGCAGUCUUCCCUAAUGGAACUUCCAUAGAUGCUCUACUCAAAAGGGCAUCAAAGGCUGAUGUCUUCUUUAAAGCCAAGUCUGACUAUGUGAAAAAGCCUAUACCAAAGGCUGGUUUAGAAUCCAUAUGGAAGGUGAUGAUUGAAAUAGGGAUUAGAGGAUUUAUGCAAUGGAACCCUUAUGGGGGAAGAAUGAGUGAGAUUUUAGAGUCAGAAACUCCAUUCCCCCAUAGGGCUGGAAACAUAUUUGAAAUAUUCUACUAUAUGUUCUGGUUGGAAGAAGGGACUGAGGCUACCAACCAUUAUGUAAACUUGAAAAGAAGAUUGCACAAUACCAUGACCGCGUACGUGUCGAAGGACCCAAGGGAAGCUCUUCUUAACUACAGGGAUCUCGAUAUUGGUCGUGCAAGUCCAAAUAGUAAUGAAAGUCUUAGUAGUGCUAAAGUUUAUGGGGCAAAGUAUUUCAAGGAAAAUUUUGACAGAUUGGUACGUGUGAAGACCACGAUUGAUCCUGAUAAUUUCUUCAACAACGAGCAAAGUAUUCCACCUCUUCCACCAUAUGUCUAGAUGAAAGAAAAAGAAAAAUAAUUGAAUCUCUCUCUCUCAUUGAUGAAACAAUAAGAGAACUCUUAGUUUUUAUUUUCCACUGGUCAUAUGAUGAAUAAUGGACUACUCGAAUUCGCACAUCGCACCGUUACUCAUUAUCUGUAAAACACCCCGGUGCUAAGUAAUUAUAGUUUCCAUAGUAUAAGUGAACAAUUGCUUCUAUUAUAAUCUAUGA